AUGUCUUGGAACUGGAACAGCCACGGGUUACCGUUUUUACCAGGAUACACUUUCCGGGAUGUAACGAAAUCUGCCUUCCAUCGAUCCCAGACACUGGACUACAGGAAUGGUUAUGCUCUGCCCCGUCGCCCUACUGUAGGAAUUGGACAGGAUCCUCUGUUAUCUGAGGAGUUGAUCCAGCAGGAAAUCAGUGAGUUGUCCUUUGAGACACCAGACGUUACUUAUGGCUCCUUUGACCACAGCCAAUAUGAAGACUUCAUCCCAGCUCAUGUGGCCCUUGACAAGAAGGUGCUGCGCUUUAAUGCAUACUUUGAGGAGGAUAUUCUGUUCUCCCCAGAGGAGGAGUACCGUGUGCGCCCUGUGAUCAUUUACUACUACCUUGAGGAUGACAGCAUGUGCAUCAUUGAGCCCGCAGUGGAGAAUUCUGGGAUACCACAGGGAAAGCGGCUCAAACGCCAGCGUCUGCCCAAGAAUGAACGUGGCGACCAUUACCAAUGGAAAGACCUCAACCUUGGUAUCGACCUGAAGGUGUACGGGGUCAAGUACCACAUCAUACAGUGUGAUGUUUAUACAAAGGAAUUUAUGGAAAGUGAGGGCAUAAUUCUGAAUGAACCUGAGCAAAUGCCAGUGGAUCCUUACAGCAAACAUCGCAAAAACUUCCAGCCUUCCUUCACAACACCCUGUGAAUACGACCGCAUGCAUCAGUUUCUCACCAUGGAUCGCAAGGUGCUGCGUUUCUUUGCUCUGUGGGACGACUCUGACUCUCUUUAUGGGGAGACCAGACCUGUUACCAUCCAGUAUUACCUGGUGGACGACACAGUGGAGAUCAGAGAGGUCCACGAAUCAAACAGCGGCCGAGAUCCCUUCCCCGUCCUGAUGCGCAGACAGAGGCUUCCCAAGAAAAUCAAGUCUGAGAGCUUCCCCACCUGUGUGCUGGAGGUCUCAAAAGAGGAAGUGGAUGAAUUUUACUCCCCCAAAGACUUCCAGGUCGGUCAAACGAUGAAGCUGUUGGGACGUCGCUUCUUGCUGUGUGACUGUGAUGGCUUCACUAAAGACUAUUUCCAGAAAAACCACCCAGGUGUGACAAUUAAACCCAUAGAGGUACCAAAGAAGGUGGACAUGCUUAAGGAUAGGAAAAAGGAGGUUCCUCCUUACAAUGGCUUUGGUUCACUUGAAGACUCUCUCCAGAAUUGUUUGUCUUUAAUUCCCAAGCCUCCCAAAAAGGACGUGCUAAAGAUGUUGGAGAACGACCACAAAGUGUUGCGCUACAGUGCCAGGCUGGACUCCAUCAUUCCUGCAGAUGAGGGCCGACGUUUUAUUCUGUCCUACUUCCUUUCCAAUGACAUGAUGAGUAUAUUUGAAAAGCCCACCCGCAACUCUGGUGUCCUCGGUGGCAAAUUCCUGGAAAAGACAUGCAUCCAUAAGCCAGGCUCUACUGUGGAACAUCCUCAGUUCUACUCACCUGCAGACUUUGCUAUUGGAGCUACUGUUGAGGUUUUCGGCCACAGAUUUGUGUUGACCAAUGCCGACCACUAUGUGCUGGCAUACCUCGAGUCCAUCUCAAGCCAGAUUCCUUCUGAGACACUGGUUUCUCUUCGCCAGAAGUUCGGUGUUGAGACCACAAGUGACCAGCCUGCUGAGCAAAACGGUGAGAAUAAUAUCGCAGAGCCAUCUUCAUGA